AUGGACAGUGCUUUUGAUCAUGACAGAUCCACCCUCCAGUCAUCUUCAGAGAAGUCGAUUGGAGCCAAGUCAGAACUGCCACCAGACGCUGAGGCUUCAAUCAGAGGUGCUGAGGACAUUGUCACCAAAGUACUUCACGUAGAAGACGAUCCUUCACUCAGCUCUUGCACUUUCCGCAUGUGGUUUAUAGGGAUUGGACUUGGAAUUUUUGGGGCUAUCAUGGAGACGAUCUACUUCUUCCGGCCCGUCACACUGGAUGUGUCAAACAUUUUUCUCGCCCUCUGUGCGUACGGCAUCGGAAUACUCAUGGAGAAGGUGAUACCGCGAAAAGGUGUCAUAGGAUGCUGGCUCAAUCCACAUGCCUUCAACUCCAAGGAGCACGCGGCCAUUAUCAUCGUCGCCACGUCGGCAUCACAAGUAUCCAUGGCUGUGGAGGUGAUUGCUGUUCAAAGACUGUACUAUGAUAAAGCCCCUAGUUCAGGUUUAUCGAUACUAAUUGUCUUGGCAUCUCAGUGUUUGGGCUACGGCUUUGCUGGACUGCUUCGUCGCACUCUGGUAUAUUCAACUAAAAUGUUCUGGCCAAGCUUACUACCGAUGAAUACCCUGCUGGAGACGCUUCAUCGAGACCGCAAAGAGACAAAGUCGCGCCUCAGCCUCUUCUACUGGGUAUUUCUGGGCAUAUUUAUUUGGGAGGUAUUGCCAGAGUACAUCAUGCCAAUCCUGACUGGUGUCAGUGUCUUCUGCUUAGCUAGCCAAAACAGUUUGUUUACGACGACAAUAUUCGGAGGCUCCAAUGGAAACGAGGGCCUUGGAAUACUAUCAUUAGGCCUUGAUUGGCAAUUCAUCGGCAGCAAGCCACUGUGGCUACCUCCGCAAACCUUGAUGAACAGCUUCGCUGGAUAUAUCAUAUGCAUUGCUUUGUUUCUUGGCGUCUACUACGGCAAUGUUUGGAGAGCACGCGACUUUCCUUUUCUAUCCCAACUUCUCUUCUCCGAGGAUUCGACGGGCUCAAACUAUGUCACGUACAACCAAACUGCGAUUCUCGACGACCAACAUGUCCUUCAGCCAGAAUCGCUCAAAGAGCAAGGUAUCCCGUUUUUUGCAGGAACUUACGCCAUGUUCCUUCUGACCAACAAUCUCGCAAUCACAUCUACCAUAUCACACCUUCUUCUCUGGAACUGGGACGACAUGAAGGCUGGAUAUGCCUUUCUUCACCCGAGUAACUUGCGAAAGGCAUUCGAGAUGAAGUCUUGGAAAUCACUCUCGCGCCGAUCUCAGUCAAAGACUGAUUCAACUGAUGAACAAGACGAGGGCGGAGACGAAGAAGAGAUAAAAGAAGAAGAAGAAGAAAAAGAGAAAAAGGAAAAGGAAAAGGAAAAGGAAAAGGAAAUAGACCCACACUACAAACUCAUGCUCCACUAUCCAGAAUGUCCAAAUUGGUGGUACGGCGCCAUCCUAAGCAUUUCGAUUGUAGUGGGUCUGAUUGGCAUCUAUGCGGCCAACUCUACUCUCCCAUGGUAUGGCUUUCUCGUCAGUAUCGCCGUGUCGGGCAUUUUCAUCUUCUUUUUCGGCGCGCAAGCUGCACUCACAGGCUACCAAGGCAAUGUACAACCCAUAGUACAGAUGCUGGGUGGCUACCUACAUCCCGGACGGCCACUAGCCAACAUGUACUUUACGCUCUUUGGCUACAACUCUGUCGUCCAAGGCAUCAGCUUAGUGCAAGAGUUGAAGUUUGGACAGUAUGCGAAGAUCCCGCCUCGUGUUACGUUCAUAGCACAAGCCGUCGGGACGCUGGUCGGCGCCAUGGUAAAUUACGCCAUGAUGGUGCAGAUUACGACAAACCAGAGGGAAAUCUUGCUUUCGAUCCAGGGCACGAAUGUAUGGUCUGGGCAGAAUAUCCAGCAGUUCAAUUCUCAGGCCAUUGCCUGGGGUGCCCUGGCUAAAGAAAUGUUCUCUCCUGGAUCCCGAUACGUCGCCAUCCCAUUUGGGCUUCUUGCCGGCUUUGCCAUUCCCAUACCGUUUUACUGCAUGCACCGGCGCUUUCCCAAGCUAUCCCUCUUGCCCAAGAUCAACACGCCGAUUAUUCUUGCUUAUGCGGGUUUCCUUGCAGUCGGGAUAUCGAGCUCGUUGCUCAUGUAUUUCAUCAUUGGUCUCACAAGCCAGUUCUGGUUGCGCCGGUACAGGGCAUCUUGGUUUAUCCAGUACAAUUAUGUACUUGCAGCAGCCCUAGAUGGCGGGACGCAAGUCAUAGUCCUGAUCCUUACGUAUACAGUGCUGGGAGGCAUAGGCCCGGCUGUCAAGUUCCCCAAAUACUGGGGUAACAACGCGGACGGGAAUUUUGAUUAUUGUAUGAGAGACCCCGCUGCGGCAGCGGGUGGAACGGGUCCCAUUGACACGGACUGA